CUCGAGAUAUCCCAAAAAUGCUGAAAGUCACGCAAGAAAACCUGUAAAAAACUGAGUUUUUUUGCGUGACUUCCAGCAUUUUUGGGAUAUCUCGAGAAGGAAAGCAUAUUUUUUGAAAAGAAAAAAACUAACCUGAGAUAGGGUUUGAAGUAUCUGUGGUAAAAUUUUGAGCUCGAUCGGACCAUUUUUUCGAGGGGUCGUAAUGUGACUGGAUGAAAACCAGAGUUUUCUAGAAAACCCUUAGAAGAACACGUCAGAAAAUUCUGGGCAAAAAUACUUCGAUUUUCUUUUUCGAUGUUCUAUCUCUGUUAUAAAUUUCACCCCGAUCCGACAUCGGCGUCCCCGGUUUUCAAGAGGGUCAAAAAAGAGGGGGAGGUACCCUUAAUGAAUCUGAAGCAUAUCCCUAUGAAAAAUCGAUAAAGAUGUCAAAUGCAUCCAAAGUGCAUUUGGGAUUACUGUUGAAGAACGGAGUGCUCUGCAGUAAGUAAAAUGUAUUUUUUAGUCGAUUUUUAACUUAUCGUACUGGCGAGAAAAUGUUAUUUACUGGCCAAAUGUCUUAUACAUAAUUAUACCAUUUUUGAUAUAAAAAUUUUCAAGAAUGAUCAUAAAAUUAGUUUAUCUAAUAAUUUAUCAGAAAACUGUAACGAAAUAUUUCGAAUGCUUUGUAUUGAUGAAAAGCUAUUGUUAGGCGAACUAGAUGGCAAUAAUUAUUUGAAAGCAGCCAUAAUUACAAAAAAUAUUGAAUUCUUAAUAUUUAUUCAAUUCAAACAAGAACAAACAUUUGAUUUUGCACAUACAUUGAUCGUUAAUAUUCUUGAUGCAGAUGCUAAAGUUUUUAUUAAAUUCUCGUCGAAAUAGUAUGAAACUUAUUUCCUAAUAUGACCCAAAUCCAAAACGUUUCAAUAUUGAAUUAUAUGCAUUCGGUAGUCAAUGUAUUCAUCAAUUUGUUGUAAAAUAUCCAACCAUAAAACCAUUUUCAACUGAUGAUUUCACCCAAAUCAUCACGGAUGCAUCGAACAAUUUUGGCUCGAUCAUCAACGACGACUUCGAGAUGAUAUAGAAAAACAACGUCGUUAUUACCAAUUUUCGUAAUAUAAUCGACUAAUAUCGAUACAUUCCAUGUUUCAGUAUAUCUUGGUCGAGCUGGUCUCAAAUUAAAUACAUAUUUUCAUGAUAGGAUGUUGUCUAACUUUAAAACCAUCAAGAUUAUUCAUCCUUAAUGUUAAAUCUGAUUUAUAAAUGUUUAUCAUAUUACAUUCUAGUCCAUUUUCAAAUGACUCUAUUGAAAAAUUAACUAUAAUUGCUAUAUCGGCUGAAAAUGGAUCAAUGCUUUGAAGCAAAAUUCAGCUACACAUGCUGAUCGUCGAAAACAGAAUUAGGAAUGCAAUAAGAAAUGUAGAACUACUACAAACAUGAUUAAUACAAAUCACAGUGCUAUUAUUUUGAUUUAUUAUUGAUAUUUCGAUGAUGUUCACUCGUCAUCAUCAGAAUAAACGAAUAUAUGAUUCAAUAAAAGUACAAAAAAGUAAAAGAACAAAAGACUAAAUAAUUAGGUAUAUGUUGACGUGUACAUUCGUACACGUGUACGUUGAUUAAUGACACUAAUGGUGUUCUUACGUCAUGUAUUGUGUAAUUAACCUGAUCUAUAUGUUACAAAAUCUUUAUUCUCAUUGUGAUUGUCAUUACGAACAGAACAGAAAAAUGACAGAAAUAGAACAAAGCAAGUUUAUUAUUGUCGUAUAUGUUGCAUCGAAAACAGAGUCGAAGAUACAAGCCACAAGAAAUGUUUUCCAACAGUUUUUUCAUUCAUCAUCGUUUGAAGUAAAGUCUUUCAAUGUUGCCAGUGAUGUUAACUCACAGCCAUACGGCCUUAAGGAAAUUGAACAGGGUGCAACAAAUCGUUUAAAUAAUUUACUGAAACUUAUUACUCCUGAUGAUCAAAGCGCGUGGUUUGUUUCAAUAGAAAAUGGUGUAGUGUUAGACGCUGAUACUAGGAAAAUGAUUGAUAUUGCAUAUGUUGUGGUAAAACAUGGAGAGAACGUUUAUGCUGAAUGGUCAAAUCCAAUUGAGUUAUGUCCCAGUUUACAAUUUCUUGAGGAGGAAAGCAGUUACGAUCAAUGGUUAGAACGAUAUCGAUCAAUCAUUAUGCCAAUUAUUUACAGAGGAGAAGAUUUAUAUUCAUAUUAUUCAGAUGGUCAACGAACUAGGCAAGGUGAAAUUGAAAUUGCCCUUAUUUCCAUUCUUAGAAAAAGUAUCCAGUGUUAA